AUGUCGUCGCCUCCGCAAACGCCAACCCACCGGCCGACAUCGUCUCACCGCCGACAGCCCUCCAGCCUCGAGAUAGCGUACAACAGCCCCUCACGGCGGCAGUCGCUGAAUCGCCGCUCCUCGGGUUACUCUCCCAUUACACCGCGCUCCUCACAAGACUUUGAAAACGGCAGCCCUGUGCAGCACUUUGAUGGCGCAGGAGACAGUAAUGGCCUAGGCAAUCUGGCAGACGAGCUGGGGGAGAUAUGGGACGACGACGAGGAACCAAUGGAUGGCGAGUUUGGAGAAGAGUUGGAUGUUGCGCAAGAAGAUGACGUCUCGGCCAUUGGGACUGCAGUUGAACACGACGGAUCAUACGGACUCGACAGCCCGGUCAACGUCAAUGGCGUGCGAGACAGCGGCGUCGCCAUGCAGAGCUCUUCGCCGUCGCGACUCAGUCCAGCGUCAGCAAUGAAAAGAAGAAACCACAACAGACAACGCUCGUUGUAUGAUGGGUCCGAUUAUGGAGAGGACUCGGAUCUGGAAAACGAAGGCAUAUCACACACGCUAGACAUGAGGAUGUCGGCUAUUGAGAGUUUAGUACGGAGAGGAACAGAGGAGAAUGGCAGCGCGUCUGACCAGGUGGUGAAGAGGGUCAUCGAGCAAUUACGGGACCUGGGUAGUCAGAUGGCUAUUGAGAAUGGAGCCACGCGGCUGAAAACCGCUCACGAUGCGCUGACAACACAUCUAACACACCAGUCUCGUACCCUCACGUCUCUUGCUGCAGCCUUGUCCGGCCCACGUCCCAUCAUCCCCGACCUCGACACAAUCGAGGAACUCCUCCCACUCAUAGACUCCACCCUCGAGCUCCUCCCCCACGCCUCCCCCGAUCCAUUAGUCCAACUCUCGCAUCUCACAAACUCGAACCGGGAACUACUCCAACACCUCGCCAACGUGAGCGACACCCUUCACAUGUCACGGCAAAUCACCACAAACGCGACCCGACGACUCAAAGUCAGCAAGGAACACCUACAGGACUGGAAACGCGAAAAUGAGAAGACACAAGAAGGGCAAAACUAUCUCGAGCACGGCGACUGGGACCGCCGGUUGAGAGAGCGCGAGGCAAAGCGGGCGUGCGAUAAUGUCUUGGAUGGAUUCGAAGAUGUCUGUGGGCAGUGGAGAAAGAGACUCUGUGAGGGGUUGGGCGUGGCUAAUGGCGGCUUCAUCAUCCCAGAGCAACAUAGUCUCCGACCCCCAUCACACCCUUCUACCGAUUCCCCCACCAUCACCACCACCACCACUCGCGAGCUUCUUCAGCCCUGGCGUCCCUGA